UUCGACGAUAGAGGAUUACCUCAUCCAAGAUGGCGCGGAAGUACUUUCGUGUCGUCUGAACUUGCGACAUUUCGUCAUGUUUAGUCAUUUUAGUCACAUUUUAAAGGUUUAUAGGAAGGAUGGGAAUAUUUGACUAUGGCUAACCCAGGAACACCGCGACCCGUACCGCACUUUUUCGCCGAGGAGGGCCCGUUCUCCCAGAAGAAGUACCGGCUUGCGAACGGCCACACUCCUCGGGACUCCCAACCUCCGCGCCCGCCGGCCAAGAGCGUUCCCCCGGUCAGUCGAGUUUUUGUCAACAAUAAGUUAGCUUUCCAAAGACCCCAGAGUGUGUCUUUUAGAGGUCCCGAUAGCUUGAUUUCAAGUCCCCACUACGACGCAGGCAGUAAGGAACUUUUCUUCGACCAGUGUUUUGAAAUUGUUGACAAACUUGGGGAGGGGUCCUUCGGCGAAGUCUUCAAAGUGAAGAGCAAAGAAGACGGGAAGCUAUACGCCGUCAAACGGUCCAGAGAGAGAUUUCGAGGAGAGUAUGACCGCAAGAGAAAGAUAGGAGAAGCCUACAGGCUGGAGAAACUCCGAAGGCAUCCUAACUGUGUGCAGUUCUUUAAAGCCUGGGAGGAAAGGCAACACCUCUACAUCCAGACAGAACUGUGUCAGUGUAGCCUAGAGCAGUACCUGGAAGGGCGACAUGACAUACCGGAAGAAACAGUCUGGAACUUCCUGGUGGAUUUACUGUCUGGAUUAAAACACCUACAUGACCAUAGGCUCAUUCAUCUCGAUAUCAAACCGGACAACAUCUUUGUGUCCAAUGACGGCGUGUGUAAGAUUGGGGACUUUGGACUUGUUGUUGAGAUGGACAAGGAAGACGUGUCUGAUGCACAGGAAGGUGACCCUAAGUACAUCGCACCUGAGUUGUUGGAGGGACAUUUUGGACCACAUGCUGACGUCUUCAGCCUGGGAGUGACUAUUCUGGAGGUGGCCUGUGACCUGGAGUUACCCCGUAACGGUGUGGGCUGGCAGCAGCUCAGACAGGGCAUGAUCCCAGCAGCCUUCACUGCAGGGCUGUCCCACGAGCUCAGGACCCUCAUCCAGCUCAUGAUGCACCCAGACUAUUUCCAGAGACCUUCAGUUGCUGACAUCCUGGCCAGGCCUGAGGUCAGUAAAGUGUUGUGGAGAAGGAGACGUCAGCAGGCUGUGCGGUUUGUGCAGGGUGCUGUGUUAUCUGUGUACGGCUUCAUGUCCAGCCUGUUCCACACCAUGUACUGCACCAUCCUGCUCCCUGUCAAGGCAAUCAAGGGGCAGCCACAGGAGAAGCAACCAGAGAGGUGUCGUCAUCCCUCUGACUGGGACUACAGCUACUCUGAAGAUGAUGCUUUUGAGAGUGAAGGCCACAGCAAGGACUCGGCUGAAUCUGGUGUGGCCAACCUCAGCCUGUCAACUGAUGAGGAGCUUGAACGACCCAGACAAUUCAUCACCUGUCCCAGUGAAGUGAGGUUCACCCCUGAUGCUCGCCCUGCCACGCCCAUCCUGCGUCACUCCAGCCCGAUGCCCAGGAGCUCCUCCCCUCUCCAUGGCAACCACACCCAGGCUCACCUGAGUCCCAACCUGAGCCUGGUGACCAGCCACCCCUACACACCCACCAGCCACUCCGACAGCGGCAGCAGCUACGGUGAGGAUGGCUCUGUAAUGAUCCGCUCAGGGAUCGGGCCCAAGAACCUGAUGAACAUAUUUGAUGACGCUGCCUGUUCGGAUGACGAUGAUUAAAUAAGUGAACCAACAGAUAUAUGCUGAAGUCAGGUGAAAGUUUCAGGGGUCUGUGAUUUCACUACUAUUAUCUUGUGAUGUAUACAUUUCUAUUUACUGGUACUUACUUAGAAAGGCUAUGGUAGCCUGAUUCUGAAUCAGUUUUAUUGUUACCUACAUAGGUUAAUGAAAUAUUUCCUCACCUAUCUUUCGGAAAUAACUGCCAUGGGUGUGUUUUAAAGACAGGGAUUCUGAAGCCCAUCUUGCCUAUUAUACGAUUACAAAGUACAUACACCCUGACACUUAUUUUAAAACUUAUACUAUGACUGCACAGGCAAUGAAUGCAGAACAAACGGCAGUCCUUAUUUGAUUCCACUAUGAAUGAGUAAGCUCCAUAGCAAGAUGCAGGAAUAUUAGAAUUAUCCUGUGGCAAGGGCUUGGUAAUGUUGUUUUAGAUGCAGUCCUUUUAGGUUUUUAAGAAUGUUGAUUUGGAUUUUUUGUUUGCUUUUGAAGACACAGCAUAUAUGCUCCUGAUGUGUGCUAUGAAAGAGAUGUAAUGGUACAAACUGUACUACAGCUAUAUGAUGAGAUUAAAAGAGAAGAUGUGGUACGGUUUUAGUUGCUUGAUAUAGUAUUGAUUCAAGUUUUAGUUCCAUGAAAUGUGCAAAAUACAUAAAGAUAUGGUGAUAAAGACUGGUGGCACCAAAUGGUCUGUAUGCAAAUGAGUUCAGAGGUAUAAAAAUUUCCAUAUGAAGUCUUUUCAGAACAUGUAUUAGUGGUAAGUUGUCCACUUAAAUACACAGUAGAUGAUGUACAUGUUCAUUCAUUUAAAUAUUACAUACACUUCUGUCCUGUAUAGGUAGUGUUACUAGAACUGUUAUGAUUUUGUGGUGACACAAGGUUUGAAGGUUGUUCAUGAACUGUCAGCCCUAACUGCCACCUCCCUCUGUGUUUCUUAUGUACCUUU